CUCGGCUCGGUGGGGCCUACUUAUCAGCCGCCUCCUCUCGCGCCGCCUGCCGCAAAACCCUUCUCCCGCCGCCGCCAUCGCCGCCGCCAUGGACCCCUCGCAGCCGUCCGGGAGCUCCGCCGACGCCUCGGCGUCCUCCUCCUCCUCCUCCUCCUCCUCCGCCGUGGAGAAUCUCGCCGCGGGGAUGGCGGCCAUGAGCCUCCAGGAUCGGUUCGAGUUGCUGCGGGGGAUCGGCGAGGAGUGCAUCCAGGAGGACGAGCUCAUGAACCUGCUGCAGAAGAAGCCCGUCCCCAUCUGCUACGACGGUUUCGAGCCCUCCGGCCGCAUGCACAUUGCUCAGGGCAUUGUGAAGACAAUCAAUGUUAACAAGAUGGUCAGAGCUGGAUGCAAAGUGAAAAUUUGGAUAGCAGACUGGUUUGCUCAGCUAAACAACAAGAUGGGGGGUGAUAUAAAAAAAAUACAGACUGUGGGACGCUACAUGAUUGAGAUUUGGAGAGCGGCUGGUAUGAAUCUUGAUGGUGUGGAAUUCUUGUGGUCCUCAGAGGAAAUCAAUAAGCGUGCAAAUGAAUAUUGGCCACUUGUAAUGGACAUUGCUCGUAAAAAUAAUGUCAAAAGAAUAAUGAGAUGUUGUCAGAUUAUGGGUCGGAAUGAUUCGGAUGAGUUGACUGCUGCCCAGAUCUUCUAUCCUUGCAUGCAGUGUGCUGAUAUAUUUUUCUUAAAGGCAGACAUUUGCCAGUUGGGCAUGGACCAAAGGAAGGUCAAUAUGCUAGCCAGGGAGUACUGUGAUGACAUCAAAAGGAGAAACAAACCAAUUAUUCUGUCACAUCAUAUGCUCCCUGGUUUUAAGGAGGGCCAAGAAAAGAUGUCAAAGAGUGAUCCAUCCUCAGCCAUUUUUAUGGAAGAUGACGAGGCUCAGGUAAAUUUGAAGAUAAAACAAGCAUUUUGCCCUCCCAACAUUGUUGAUGGCAAUCCAUGCUUGGAGUACAUCAAGUACAUUGUUUUCCCUUGGUUUGAAACGUUUGAGGUGGUUCGGAAGGAAGAAAAUGGCGGUAACAAGACAUUUGCCAACAUGAAUGAACUCAUCGCUGAUUAUGAGAGUGGUGCUUUGCAUCCUGCUGAUGUUAAACCAGCUCUUGCAAAAGCGAUAAACCAAAUAUUGCAGCCUAUCCGUGACCACUUCAAAAACAACAGUGAAGCAAAAGUUCUGCUCAACACUGUUAAGAAUUACAAAGUAAAAACGGAGGAUACUAGUUCAAGCCCUCAAGCAUCUUAAGAGUUCAUGAUGGUCUACAUGGAUAUCUUUUAACUUUGUUUACAUUAUGCAGUUGUGUGAUACACAUUCUCUUUUGGUUAGUGUUAUGUACUUUAAAUGUUCAUGAUCACCUUAUACCGUUAUAGUAUGAGAAAAAAGGCAAAAGUUUUGAGUGCAGACAGUGGAAAUGCCUUGUUGAUACCAAACAUUUGUUCUGCUCUGCAUCUGCACAACCACUAAGGUCUUACCUUUGUGGAAAGAAAUAUUAACUGGUGAAGCCCUGUUUGGAAUCA